GCAAGCAAUUUUGUUGGUUUUGCUGAUAUAAAAGAUCUUGAAGAAGAAGGUAUUCUUGGAGCGAAAGAUGUGGUUGGGAUAAAAGGUUUUGAAAACCUUGUUGGGGUGGAAGGUCUCGGAAGCCUUGUUGGAGUAGGUCUUGGAAGCCUUGUUGGGGUAGGUCUUGGAAGCCUUGUUGGAGUGAAAAAUCUUGAAAGUCUUGUUGGAGGUUUUGUUGAGAUGAAAGGUCUU